UGCGAAUGUAGUCCAACUCCUUUCCUUUUUAUUUUUUAUCUUUUUUAAAUAAAAAUUUGAGCUAAAAAGAUCCAUUUUAUUCGAGUGAGCUGCAUUUUAAAUCUUAUUUUGACCAUAAAAUGAAUGUAAUAAAUACUAAACACUCAUAAUAAUCAAGAUUCUCAGCAUUUAUGUAUUUUUAUUAAAAUAAUAAAAAUUAUAAUGCAAUAUCAUCGAUUAGUAUUUGGAAAUUGAAAGAAACUAGAUUUUUAAAAAAUUCUAGUGAUAUUUGAAAAUCUUUCCAUGCGAGCUCUUGUCGAUCCAGUCGAUUCUCCGAUCCAGUUUGUUCGAUCACAGUGUUUAGGAUGUCCAAUCCAUAGCUUGCCCUUUGUUUAAACCUUGGUAUAUAUGGAUGUUAGGAAGAGAGAGAUUGGUGAGUGGUGGGAUACGUUGUUGGUGGUUGGGGAUUCAUGGAAGAGAUGUGGAAGGUAACACUCCAAGCAGUAGUUGCCGACAGAUCAGAUCACAAUCAUUGAUGAUUAUGAAGGCACAUUUUCGAUGGAUAUUAAACGAAUUUAAUUCUGUUUUUCUGAAGAUAAUAUGGUCAUCUAUGUGCAGUUUUAAUCCUUCAAAUUGUUUGAAAAAAUGCAACAAUGAAAUUGAUGCAUCUGUUUAAUCUUACAUAAAAAAAAGACUCCUUUUGCUUUCAGUUUGCAUUUGGUGCUGAGCACACAUACAACUCCAUCGAAAGUCCCCCGGAAAGGCACACAUCAACAUAGGAAACAAAUCAAUGUAAAAAUGCAAAAACCAGCCUCAUUUGUCGCCAUGACCCCAAGCUUGGGAUCCUACCCACCAAACAAUUGAUUAGAACUGAAGCACGUCGCUUUUGAUCCGAAGCCAACAUGGUUUAAGGAUUAAAUAUUUGGCCUUUUGUCUGGCAGAAAGUAGGCAAGCCACUCGUGCAUUCCAGAAUAAAUAAGUAACACCACCAUGUGUGCCACAAGCACCCACAAUUAGUGUGUUGUCUGGGGUCCUUGAGACAAUCAGAUCCAUCUUCCAUUGACCCUGCCGAUCAACAAAUACUCACCCCAAGACUCCACUUGCUAGCAAUGGCAUACAGGAGGAGGAUUCCAUUUGUCUCCCCCUUAAUACAUGAGCUUACAAGAGGCAUGGCCACUGGUUCAUUCCAAGCAACAGAGUGUGGAUCUUGGUUUCGAAGUUGCGCAAUGGAUGUCCCAAAUUGCUACCAUGUUCGAUCCAAUAGCUUGCCAUCUAAAUCACACCCAAUCUUACACCAAUCGAGUGAGAAGUUGCUCAGCUUCAGUGAUUGCGACGCCAAGCACAAGGGCAGGUGUCCUGUUGAUUCCUUGGUCGCUAUAUAUGAUGAUUCUGAUGACCUUCUCCGGUUGCCUUUCGUCCAUGAAGCCAUUCGGCGACAGCAUAAAUGUGUCGAGGAGAUACUCGAUGAGACUAUUAUGUUGAUGGACAUGUGCAGCAAAAUGAAUGAUGCCAUAGCCAGAGUAAGAGAGCAACAGCGAGGUGCUCUCUCAGCUCUUCGUAGAAGAGACCACACAGCAUUGAGAGGCCAAAUUAGGGCCUGCAUCUUAGCCCAAAAGAAGACGACCAAGGCAUUGGCCACUUGCCUUUGCGCUUUGCGAAAAACUUACAAAUCAGUUUCCUAUCAUCCCCAACACCAAGGAUCUACUCAAGACCAUGAUGUAGUGUGUGCCUUGAAACAAAUGGGAUCUAUCACUGCUCUUGUGUAUAGAUCUCUCCUUUCGAGAUUCAUGACACCAAGGAAACGGCUGUCAAUUAUAUCGACAUUCCUCAAAACAAAAUUACAACCACCAAGUGAUGGGUGGGACUGUGUGAAACUUGCCCUCAAUGCCCUCUACACCAGCUCUGGAAAGGUUGAAGAAUUAUGUGCUAUCAAUGCCCAAAACCAGUCGGAGUCAUGGGAUGAAUGCAUGAACUACAUAGACAAUCAGUUGAGGCUUAUCAGUAAUCGGUUGAUCCAAGUUCGGGUCGCACUCCUUAACAUCCAAAACAUAUAGAUUGCUCUUAUAGACUCCCAACUUUGAGCUUUGGGUAUCCGCUUUCCAUUGGAUUUGACCCAUUUGUU